CGAUCAUACAAUAUCGCUAUCAUUCCAAAUUCCAACUUUUCAAGGCCACUAUGAACUUCUCCGCCGCCUCCUCUCCUCCCGUUGACACCGACGACAUCAUAUUUGAAGUGCCCGGAUUCAUCCGCCGCUACCGGAACGGCCGCGUGGAGCGCCUUAUUCCUGACGAGCUCGUCCCCCCUUCCCUGGAUCCAGCAACCGGUGUCCAAUCCAAAGACGUCACCAUCAACCCCACCACCAGCCUCUCCGUCCGCCUGUAUCUCCCGCCCUCCGCCACCUCCAUCCCAAAAAAGCUCCCUGUUCUCGUCACCAUCCACGGAGGCGGCUUCUACCUCUUGCGCUCUUCCUCCUCCAGCUACCACAACUACGUCAACUCCCUCACCGCCAAAGCUGGCGUCCUCGCCAUCUCAAUAGACUACCGCCUCGCGCCAGAGAACCCUCUUCCCGCCGCCUACGAAGACUGCUGGGAGGCGCUGGAAUGGGUUUUCGCCACCGACGAUCCAUGGCUGUCUAAUUUGGGCGACUUGGAGAACGUUUACAUAGCCGGAGAAAGCGCCGGGGGAAACUUAGUGCACAGCUUGGGAAUAAGGCUUGGAAGGGAGGGCAGGAAGGUGGAGGGGCUGGUGAUGGUGCACCCGUUGUUUUGGGGGAAGGAUAGGAUUGGAGAUGAGGGGGUAGAAACCCGGAAGGGGGGAAUCCUAACGCUGGAGCAUAUCGAUGCGUUGUGGCCGUUUGUGUGUCCGGAGACGACGGGGUUCGACGACCCGCGGAUUAAUCCGGUGGCGGAGGGUGCGCCGAGCCUGGCAACGUUGGGGUGCCGGAGAGUGUUGGUGUGCGUUGCGGAGCUGGAUUUGUUGAGGGAAAGGGGGAGGCUUUACUACGAGAAGUUGAAGGAAAGCGACUGGGAAGGGGACGCAGAGAUUCUGGAGUCAGAGAAUGAGGAUCAUGGUUUCUUCUUUUUUAACCCUGGGAGCUUGAAGGCGCAGGAGCUCACAAAGCGGAUUGUCAAUUUCUUCAACAAGUCCUGAUCAAUUAAUCGUCCUUGAUAUCUGCUUUAACUAUCUUUUUAGCUGCUGUGAAUGUCUUCUCCAAUUCGCACGAUUAGCUUCUGAGCUAUUUCUGUCGAUCUGAUAAUGUUAUGCAGUAAAUCUCUGAUGUGUAUGAAUGCUAUCUGUGAGGCGAGGAAGCUUGAUCGUUUUUAUUUUGAUGAUUGAGCCUGGAUGAAGUUUCGUUUUAUACU